UUUUUUUUUUUCAACCAGCCCUUCGUUUCUGUCAGGGGUGUGGGCGCUGCUGUGCUGCUUCUUCGUCAGGUCUACCUGGAAAUAUGCGGCUAUUCGCUCUGAGACGACUCACACGGCCGCUGUGCCAGCGAGUCCCUGCUUGUCUCAGUGCACGUGCCCACCAGUCUCACGCUGCCACCCGUGCAGCGGAUGAAGAUCGUCCUUGGACGGGUCAGGAGAGCCUGGCUCAGGAUGACCCCGAGAUGUGGAAUCUGCUGCAGAAUGAGAAGGACAGGCAGUGCCGUGGUUUGGAGCUCAUUGCAUCUGAGAAUUUCUGCAGCCGAGCAGCUCAGGAAGUUCUCGGCUCCUGUCUUACCAACAAAUAUUCACGCAACCCUGUCAUAAAGUCUCAUGGUGGAGGAGGAGUGGUUGACCAAAUUGAGCUGCUCUGUCAGAAGCGAGCUCUGGAGGCCUUUGACCUGGAUCCAGCUCUGUGGGGCGUCAACGUCGAACUGUACUCUGGCUCUCCUGCCAACUUUGCCACUUUCACCGCUGUACUCAAUCCCCACGAUCGUAUCAUGGGCCUGGACGUAUCUGAUGGUGGACAUCUGUCUCACGGCUACAUGUCUGAUGUGAAAAGAAUCUCUGCAACCUCAAUCUAUUUUGAGACAAUGCCUUACAAGCUAAAUAUUGCAACAGGACUUAUAGACUACGACCAGAUGGAGAUGACGGCCAAGCUGUUCCGGCCCAAGCUCAUCAUCGCUGGCACCAGUGCCUAUGCCCGGCUCAUUGACUAUGCCCGCAUCAAGAAGCUGUGCACCAACAUCAAUGCCUACCUGCUUGCUGACAUGGCUCAUAUUACUGGCCUGGUGGCAGCCAAAGCCAUCCCCUCGCCCUUUGAACAUGCCGACCUGGUCACCUCCACCACGCACAAGUCCCUCCGUGGAGCAAGGGCUGGUCUCAUCUUCUAUCGGAAGGGUGUUCGCUCAGUUGACAAAAAGGGAAAGGAAAUCAUGUACGACCUCGAGGACAAGGUCAACUUUUCUGUCUUCCCCUCCCUGCAGGGUGGACCUCAUAACCAUGCCAUUGCUGCUGUAGCAGUGGCACUCAGACAGGCACAGUCGCCCCUGUUUAAGAAGUAUGUUGACCAGGUGCUAAAGAAUGCCAAGGCUAUGGCUGCAGCUCUUCUCAGCAAAGGCUACACUCUGGUAUCAGGUGGGACCGACACCCACCUGGUCCUCGUGGACCUGCGGCCCAGGGAUGUUGACGGGGCUCGGACUGAGAGGUUACUUGAGCUUGCGUCAAUCUCCACCAAUAAGACUGCCUGCCCUGGAGACAAGAGCGCCCUGGCGCCUGGUGGCCUCAGACUAGGUGCUCCAGCCCUGACCUCGAGACAGUUCAAAGAAGCUGACUUUGUGCAAGUUGUCGAGUUCAUGGAUGAGGGUUUCAAGAUUGCCUUGGAUGUCAAGAAAAAGACAGGAAAGCUCCAGGACUUCAAGAACUUCCUUCUUCAGGACCCAGAAACGGUGGCUCGCAUCGCAGAUCUGCGCCACCGUGUUGAAGCUUUUGCCAGGCCCUUUCCCAUGCCAGGGUUCCCAAACCAUUAGCCCACUGUGGACUCACGGGUCUAUCACAGCCAGAUGGCAGAGAGCCGGCAGGGCAGAAGUGUGGAUGGAGUGAAAUGUGGCCGGUGCCUGUGAGCUGAAAUGGCUUCAAUUCACUUUUUCAAUCAUAUACGGGAAACAAUUUUUAUACUGCUUUGCAGUCACGAGUCAUCUGUUUGGGUAAAAACAUAGCUUCCAUGUUGAGUUAAAGAAACAAUCAAAUGUGACAGAUUUUCUAGAGCAGAACAACAUAUUUUCUAUUGUGUGUGUGAAGAUUUUCUUCUUCAUAUCAUUUUGUAAUAAAAAUGUGUGUGGAAGAAAUAAUUAGCAAAAGUCGGUGUCACAGUGUCUGUGAUCUCAA